AUGGCAAUAGACAUGAGAUCGAGGCCCCGUGACACAAGGCUUGACUCGGAGCAAGACAGAAUCCGCGAUCUUUCAAGGUAUUAUUGUACAUUUGAUGAAGAUCCGCAGCCAACUACCAGUCCUCGUCUCUCUCCAGACUCUACGCUGACUGCGCUAACACAACUGGGCGUCUAUCGUUUUGGAUGUAACCGAUCUUUUGUCUCCAUCAUUGACGGAGAACAGCAACAUCUCAUCUCAGAAGCAACUGCCUCCAUCUCUUUAUGCAAGGAAGAUGAUCAUCUUCCAGAUGAUGGCAUCUACCUUGGUGUCCGCACGCUUGAUCUAGAGUGGGGCGUUUGUCCGCACGCCAUGCGUCUCUUCACCGGACAGGAUCCCUCACGGGUGACAGAGGCAGAAAAUAUAACGGCAAAUCGAACCCGUAAUAUUAUCCGUGACUUUACCAAGGAAGAAUUUUACAACAACCGCCCCUAUGUUUUGGAGUGGCCUUACUUCCGUUUCUAUGCUGAAGUACCUUUAUACAGCCCCUCCGGGUAUGUUCUGGGCUCCUAUUGUGUCGUGGACAACAAACCGCGUGCAGAGUUUAGCGACAAGGAGGUUGCUGCUCUUCAAGAGAUUGCAGACGCCAUAUCUCAACACCUAGAGAAUGUUCGCGUCGUUCGUUAUCACAAACGGGCCGAGAAUCUGGUGAAAGGCUUGACGAAUUUCGUCAAAGGACAUACAGAGUCCGAAUCGCCAGAUUGUUUCAAUCAACUUGCAUCUCCGGAGACACUGAAUUUUCAUAACCUGAAUUCUCCAAAUAAUGGCAUUCAAAGGAAGGAGUCAAAUGCAUCGCAAUCGCUCCCAACGAGUAAAUCCUUCAGCAAUCAGUCGGUCUUGGAUCGAUCAUCUUCAACCGUCCUAGACGAGGGAACACUUUCCAUGUUUUCAGAAGCGAAAGAGUCGGAAGUGACACUACCUACUACCCAGCCGUCAUCGCUUGCUCCGGGUACACCGGAAACGACAGAAUGCAUAGGCCUUGACGAGUACUUCCCAGAAACAGCGACGGACGACGUGCCCAUUGCAGAACGUGUUGCUUCAAUUUUCACCCGCGCCAGCAGCCUGCUCAGAGCGUCAAUGGAUAUUGACGGGGUAACCUUUCUUGAUGCACGUCAAAGUGACUCUCAAUUUGACCCCUGGGAUGAAGGGAGCAAAAAGCUUUCCUUUAAAUACGGGGACUCGGGCCCUGUAAUUGACGCACGGCCUUGGGUCCUUGAACAAUCCGCCGAGAAUUCUCCAGACUCAGAAAGUUUGUGCCGAUUCUUGGACCAUGGCCUAGGCAUGCCAUCUACCGAGCAUCCUGAUGCAGACUCUAGAUCCACGCUAUCGGAAGGUCUUCUUAGUACAUUGAUCAAAACUUACCCAGGAGGACAAAUAUUCAACAUGGAUGAUGAAUCAUGUGAGACGGAAACUACACAACAAGAAGUGUCUCGCUGCCUUGCCCAAAGCCUACCAGAAGCGAAGUCAAUACUUUUCAUCCCAUUGUGGGACUGGAAUAAAUCAUACUGCCUAGCAGGAACGGUAGUCUGGACAAAGAACAGCCACCGUCCUUUUGGCAUGGAAGAACUGCAUUAUUUCAAAGUUUUCGGCGAUUCCAUCGUUUCCGAGAUAUCUCGGGUGCACUGGAAAGCGACUGAAAGAUCGAAAUUUGACUUCGUAUCAUCUAUCAGCCACGAGCUUCGUUCUCCACUGCAUGGCAUACUUGGAAGCACUGAAUUAAUUCAGUCUACACCGCUUCAGCCAACCCAGCAUGAUAUGACCAAGAUGAUAGAAAAAUCAGGCUUGAUUUUGCUGAACACCAUAGAUCAUUUGCUGGAGUACUGCAAGAUCAAUGAUUUGGUGUCCAAGAAUGAUACAGGAAGCAACAGACGCCAGAACAACACAGCCGGUCCUGGCUCAGACUUCGACCUCGGAACAUUAGUCGAACAAGUGGCGACCGUUCUUUGCGCUGGCCAAAAUCCUCAAUUUACCAACACCCUUACAAGUACUGACAGAGACCACCAAAUUUCUAACAGCAAUAAUGAUGUUUCAGUGGUCGUUAGAAUUGAGAAUCUCGAUUCAUGGAUGGUGCGAUCGGCUUCGGGGCCAUGGAGAAGGAUUCUGAUGAACAUCAUCGGCAACGCAAUGAAAUGGACCAAGAAGGGCCUGAUCGAAAUCACUUUAACGAAAGCGAAACGGGAAACGAAAGAUGGCUCUUCGUUUGCCCAUUUAUGCGUCAAAGAUACCGGCAUUGGGAUCUCACGCGAGUAUCUUAAGAACAUGCUCUUUUCUCCAUUUGCCCAGGAGGAUCCAUUAUCGCCAGGUGUCGGCCUCGGCCUUAGUAUCGUUCGCAAAUUGGUCAUGUCCCUUGACGGUGAUAUUGAUGUCAGAAGUGAGCUGGGUGCAGGCACCCAAGUGGAAAUUUAUAUACCUGUUACCUGUCUCGCGACGACCAUUUCUGCCUCUGAAGCAGAUGAUUCAAGUUCGCAAACACUCGUUUCUCCACGACCGGUCCAUGUAUCCAUUCUUGGGUUACAAGAUGAGCCGGAUCUGAACGAGAUACCGACCGGGAUCUUGAGCAUCCAGGCAAAACGAAAGGCCUCGAUUCAUAAUUCACUCACGGACGUCUUGAUGACACAGUUGGGAUGGAACCUCUCAUUCGCAAAGCACCCAGCUGAGGAGCAUGCUGAUGUUGCAAUUAUUGAAGAAGAAGACCUUCGCCGCAUGUUGGGCGAGGGAGUCUUUACAACGGAGUCCAAGCACAUGUUCACAUACUUCAUUGUUCUUGGUGGACGAAAAUCACCCCUGGUAGAUGAUCUGCCUGCGAACAUCAUCUACGUGUCGCAACCAUUCGGACCCAGGAGUCUCCAUGACGCCGCCGAGAGGUUUAUGAAAAUAUACGAGGCUCCGAUUCAGCCUGACAUCACGGAAUUGGCACCCAUUGCGUCUUUGUCAAUGGCUCAUCAGCAAGUCUCAUCACUACAACCCCAGGAAGGAUCUUCGAAUAUAUCGGAAACUUCCCUCUCCAGCACAAUUGACGUUGGAAUUUCUCCUGAUCCGCCAAACCCUCUCCAUGUCCUUGUUGUGGAUGAUAACGAUAUCAAUCUUAAGAUCAUGUCAGUGUUCAUGCGCAAAAUCGGUUGCCAAUACGAGACAGCCUCGAAUGGACAAAUAGGCCUUGAAAAAUACAAGAGUGCCAACCGACAAUACAACUUUAUUUUGAUGGAUAUAUCAAUGCCCGUCAUGGAUGGCCUGGUUGCCACGAAAAAGAUACGCGAACACGAGAGGCAUAAUGGCCUUGAUCCUUCCCGCAUAGUGGCGGUCACGGCUGUUGCUUCGAAUUAUACACAGGAGGCAGCCUUGAAGGCAGGGGUUAAUGAUUACUUGGUUAAGCCGUUGUCCUUUGACAGGCUUCGUGGAAUAAUGGAUCGAGUCAUCAACGCCAAGGAAUCUCAAUACCCCGGAAACCCUUGGAGAGCAGCUACGUUUGCAUUCCUUGGCCAACUUGUUCACAGCAAGGUGUAG